UUGAAAAUGAUAUUUUCAGAAAAUAUUAAUAAUGUUCGAUAGAUGGAGAAUUCUUAGUGGAGGAUUGUUAAGUAUAUUCCGAUCUUCAAAUCAUCUUCCCAAAAGUUCAGUUGUACUCUCUUCAAUACUAUGCAGUUCAGGGCUACCGUACUGGACUGCCUUCUAUGUACCAAGAUAUCAAGUUUCAAAUGAUCUAUGGGGGAAAUCACACUUUAAUUGGCAGGUUGAAGGAGAAAAUUAUCAUAUUUUAAGAACUGGAGCUUUUCCCUUCAUUAAAUUUCAUUGUAGUAAUCGUCCCGUGGAAGAUUUGCAAAUAGAAGAUAUAUUUUACAGAGCUCUCAAGAUUUUAAACUUGGGAUUACCAACCUUUGCUUACGGAUUGGCAGGCCUGGUGAUGACAGGACAUAUGGAAAUAUUUCAGGUAGAGAAUAAAGAAAUCACUCUCUUUUACUGGUAUAAGGAAGAUAGAGGAUCCCCAAACUAGAGAUUUUGUCGUCUUUUGAUUUUCAUGUUUAGUGAGACACACUGUACAGUACUGUACACUAUACAAUAUACCAUUUAUAACGAU